GGUACAAAAAAAAUAAUAAUAAACGGCUGUUUUAGACUGGCAGUACGACCUGCCUUAGGGGAAAUGUGACUACGCCAUGAAUGAGAAACGGAGGGGAUUUGAGCUCUGCAAUUGGUUGCCCCGGUGGAAAAGCCUCUGACGUAAUCAUCGCAUUAUACGCCACUGCAUCAACUGCACUGCGACAGCAGCAGACCGAAGGCGACGGACGACGAAACAUGGAAAGGCUCUACUCUAGCUUGCACCUGUAGAACAUACUGCAUCUUCAACCCAGAAAUGAUUGAUGUCUUACAAUGUAUCAUGGACGACUGUUGAAAAAAACUUGAAGAUAUGUCGAAGGUUUAACAUCUUUGAUUCGGGGAAUAUCGGCAAAUGAUUAUACUGUACCAGGCAUUAAGGGAAAACGGACAGAACAGAAAGAGCUAGAAAUGAUGUUAUCAUCCGAAUUGCGGAGCGAGUUCCAUGAUUUUGAUUAAAAUGGAAUCUACUGUAAACGCGUCUUACUACAGCACCAUCUACCUACCAAACAAUGAAUACUACAAAGUCAGUAAGCUUCAGGUCGUUCUUGUCUCUCAUCUUCGUCGUUUGUCUCCUCAUCGUUUUGUACAUUUUUCUGUUUGAAACAGGUAAAUAUCCCGUUCUGCAGAGACACAGGAAUACGGAAUCUCGAAGACUCCUGAGCAUAUAUGCAACAAAUCAAUCACAAUUGGUUAGUGAGUCUAACAUCAAUUCAUCAGACGAUGACUGGCUCAACGAGAUAUUACAAAUUAUGUCUGAAAAUGAAGAUUAUUUAUCUGAAGGAGCCUGGUUGAAAACCACAGAAUUCCCAACUCAAACCACAUCUAAACCUGAUCAAAUUGAUCGUCGGCAGUACCACAAACCAAUCUUCGUCCCAGCCAGCAAAGCGGAAAAAACGCAUGAUACAUUAUCUGGCAACACUUCUCGUGUCCAAGUAGUAAUCCUUACCUCUAAACGAUCCGGUUCGUCCUUUCUUGGGGAGUUAUUCAACGCUAACCCGUAUGUGUUUUACGUAUACGAACCUCUAUAUGUGCCGAUGGAAGAUGUUUAUACUCAUAACUUGGCUGGUGAUUGGUUCACAAAGAUUUCGGACAAUGUUUGGAACCACACAUUGAGGUGCAAUUUUUCAACCAAGUAUCCUCCCGAUCAUUCCUGGUUAAAACGCGGAGACGCCUCGUUUGAUUCCUGCAAGUCCAAUGCAGCGAUCAAAAGGUCCAGUUUGCUAUGUCCAGUGCCGAGGAUACCUCUACAGAAGAUAGGACCUGUCGUUUCUGGCCUGUGCCACGAUCGCCCUUAUACAGUUCUCAAGACAAUUCGGGUCCAGAGUAUCUUAGAACUGAAGAAAUUUAUUGAGGACCCGGGCUUAAAUAUCAAGAUUCUCCACCUGGUCAGAGAUCCAAGGGCUGUCAUGAGCUCAAGAUGGAAUUUGAAGGAGUCAAAUAAAGAUCUUUUUCGACGGAAGGGUCCUGGAGCGGACGAGGUCUUAGACUUGUGCGACCACAUGCAGCAGAAUAUAGAACUCGGUUCCAGUACCCCCGACUGGUUGAAAGAUAGGUACAUACGAGUUCGAAUGGAAGACAUAGCCCAAGAUCCCAUUGACGAGACAAAACGACUGUAUGAUAAGCUUGGAAUGCGGUUACACGACGACGUUUUGUCUUGGAUAAAAGAGAACACUCACGGAUCGACAGAUGGUAGUGAAACAUUCAAUCCCUAUUCUAGGACCCGUGACACUAAAAAGGUGGUUAACUCUUGGAAAAGUAAACUGUCUGUACCAUCGAUUCAACGAAUUGAAUCAUCAUGUUGGAAAUUGAUGAACGCUUUAUCCUACGAACGUUUUUCAUUAAAAGACAGAACUAUAUAUAAGAAACCAGACGAGAAAGCUAACGGCCUGAACAUUCAAAGGUCAUCUAAUGUCAUUCGGAGCAGGAAACAAUUUCCAUCAGAAAGGCACAAACUUUCAAGAUUUCAGAGAAAUAAAUAUGUUGGAAAGCCUAACAAUACUCACAGAUAGACAUAAAUGCAAUUAUCUCGGCAAGAUAGGGUUUGAUACUGGUACAAUUAUUGUAGUAAAUGUUUGGCAAAUAAGUUUUCACUUUCAGAAUCCGUAGUUUGUCCAUUUUACGUGACCCUCUGGAAGAUCCCGGCCAUGCGACCGGACCCAAAAAGUGAAAUUGACAGAUCAUAUAUCAAUCGAAAAUUUAUAAACUUCAAAACACAGUGAUGCAAGGUUUAUGCAUUAUCAGCGGUUCCCAUUUGAGUAUUUUGCUAAAGAAUACAGGGGCGGAUCCAGCUUUC